GUGGAGUAUCGUCAUCGUCGAAACACCUGCAGCAGGUGGACAAGCAAGCGAGCCGCGCCGCGAGCAGGGCCUGCUCACUUCGAGAGCGCAAUUUGGUGUUUUCUCUCUCUUGCACCACCGGCCUUCUUACGGAAAAAGAGAGAUAGAGAUAGCCACCCGCGAUCUUCUAAAAAGCCCGAAGUGAGACGGCCGCGUGAACGAAGAGGUUAGGACGCCUUGCCGAGACCUCAUCGGUUGGGCAAGAAAAGUGAGUGAGUCAGUGACCUCAACACCCCAAAAGGCCUAAUGAUCCCCAGUGAGAAGGUCGGGAGGUUCCGGUUUGUAUAAAAAAAAAGAAAAAAAAGUAACCAACUGUGUGGUGUAGGCUCCGUCGCCUGUCGCGGAGUGUAGUACCCGUGCCGUUACUUCUUGGCGCCGAAAAUGUCAGACAUAAACACGGGCGAGAGACGUCACUCUCUAGUGCAGCUGGUCUCCAUUUUUCGUAAGAAUCAAGCGGGUCCCAUAACUUCUCUUAUUGCACUUUACCGAAGCUGGCCGACCUCUCAUGUCCAGACGAAGAUCGACGUCCCACGCCUGUCCCGUACCACUGCGGAGCUACUCCGCGUCGCCAGUUUAUCCCCGGAUGCGUCACGGCCGCGGCUCUACCCCGGGCCGCCAGACAUCAUAGCCAGCCUCAUAAGCCCACUCACAGGCGAUGGAGUGCGACAUCUGCACCGAACACUUCGACGGCGCCGAGCGGCUGCCCAAGUCCCUGCCGUGCGGGCACACGGUCUGCCUGCAGUGCCUGGGGCGGUUGCCCGACAGGAGGUGCCCGACUUGCCGCCAGGACUUCAACGGCCCACCGGACGGACUCCCCACUAAUUUCAUGGUGCUCCGGUUCCUGAAGAGACGCCGACUGGACAGCACUCCCCGCGGCUGGUGCUCGGACUGCCGCACCGCCGCCACGCCCCGCUGCUGGGAGGACCACGACGUGCUGGCCGUCAGGAGUGCCCUGAGGCGCCAGCUGCAGGGCGUGCUGCCGCAGGCCGCCGAGCAGCUCCAGGGCCUUCAGGACCAGUGCCGGGACGAGCAGGUUCUGCCCGCCCUCACCCUCCUGACGUGCGAGUCCUGGGGCGUGUCGCUGCGGGGCGGGGGCCACGAGCUGACGGGCACCUUGCGGAACACCGAGGAGCCCCUCACCAAGGCGCUGUGCCUCCUGCUGGCGGCGAGGGCAGCGCUUACUGAGGACCGAGCUGUGGCCGGGGACCUCGCCGGGGACCCACCACCUGCACCAGCGGCGCCAACGACUCGCGGCCAACCACCCGCCGAGGAGCGGCUUCUGGAUGUGAGCCGUGUCAACCGUAGCAAGGCAAGGCUCGCCAUCCUGCGGAGGGUCAUACUAGGGGUGACGCGGCUGCACGGUGUGCACUGCAGACCGGACCGCGACUGGGGCCUCAAGCUGCUGCAGCGCGUCGCCCCCUCCGUGGAGGAGCUGGGUCUGUGCGAUCCCAGUAAGCGCCACCUGCGCGCGCUGUAUGCCAUGCCGCGGCUCAGGAGGCUGGACGUGUGGUACGACGACGACGAAGAUACCGAGAAGGACUUCUCCCCCCCGGUGGUCGCGUUCCCGUCGGGAAAUGCCAGCCUGCAGUGGCUCGGUGUGUGUCGCCUCCACGGCCACACGCUGUUGUCCCUACUGCAGGCGCAUAGCCGCACGCUGGAGGUCCUGCAGGUGACGCUGGGCACGGGGGUGCAGACGGGGUGGCCGUGGCAUAGCUGCGACGACCUGUACCGGUUGCUCCAGCAGUGCGACCUGCCGGCGCUGCAGCUGCUCGUGCUGGAUCGUGACUGCUACGGUGAAUACCACGAGCCAGGCCAGUGCAACGAGCAGCUCGCCCAGGUGCGGCGGGUGCUGCCCCGGGCCGAUGUGCAGUGCACCUAUUGUGACCCUGUGUCGGCGGAACACUUCUAGUGGCGGCGAGCAACGCCACCCAGUGACUCGAGCGCAGCCCGCGGCCGCGAUUUUAAACUUGACUACCUGGUUUUCGUGGUUUGUUGCCGAUAUGGAACGGAGGGGUUUCGCUUUGAUUCCCUUGGGAAUACAUUCAAUAGAUCCUUGUUAAUUGCACUCUUUUUAUUUUGAUUUAUGAAAAAACAAAAAUCAAACGUGAUGCAUACAAUUACAAUGGAAUUUCAUGUACAUGAGCCGUAUAGGCUGCUGGUGAGUUUGCACACGGAAAAAAAGAAUUUGCUCUCACAACUAACGAUUUAGUUAACAUGGACAUAACAAACAAUUUUAGUUGCAGGAGCAAAGAAUUUGCUCUGGGAACCAAAAUUCUGCUGUCACAACUAACGCGUCGCUAUGGUAACAAAUGCGUUUGUUGUAAGAAAAAAUCCUCGUUUAGUAACCAGAACAGUUGCAUUUGUUACCAUAGCCGACCAUAGCGACGCGUUAGUUGUGACAGCAGAAUUUUGGUUCCCAUAGCAAUUUCUUUGUUCCUGCAACUAAAAAUUAUUUGUUAUGUCUAUGUUAACAAAAUCGUUAGUUGUGGGAGCAAAUUCUUUUUUUCCGUGCAAUCAGUAUGCUAAUGGUAUACAAAAAAGAUGAAAGCACAAAAUACAUAGAGAGCAAUAAAUCAAUCUUCCACAUUCCA